AUCUGCGAGAGAGUGAAUGGUACACCUCCAUGUUGACAUAUCCAUUCGGUAGGGAUGGAGGGAUUAACUGUCUUCCUGCUAAGUGUUCUCCUGUUUGCAUGCAGAGCUGCUGUCAUUCCGGAUACGUUAAACAACCUAGCAGAAACACCAGGGGCUGUAAGUCCAGCUGAAGCACCAGGACUUGCUGGUCCUGCAGAACUACCAGGGAUUCAAAGUCCAUCAGAAACAACAGGGGUUGAAGUUCCAGCAGAAACACCAGGUGUUGAUGGUCUAGCAGAAACACCAGGUGUUGAAAGUCCAGCACAAACACCAAGGCUUGAAGGUCCAGCAGAAACACCAGUGGUUGCAAGUCCAGCAGAAACACCAGGGCUUGCUGGUCCAGCUGAAACGCCAGGGGCUGCAAGUCCAGCAGAAACACCAGGGGCUGCAAGUCCAGCAGAAACACCAGGUGUUGAAAUUCCAGCAGAAUCGCCAAAGGUUGAAGGUCCAGCAGAAACACCAGGGGCUGCAAGUCUAUCAGAAACACCAGGGGUUCCAGGUCCAGCAGAACUACCAGGGAUUCAAAGUCCAUCAGAAACAACAGGGGUUGAAGUUCCAGCAGAAACACCAGGUGUUGAUGGUCUAGCAGAAACACCAGGUGUUGAAAGUCAAGCAGAAACACCAAGGAAUGAAGGUCAAGCAGAAACACCAGUGGCUGCAAGUCCAGCAGAAACACCAGGGCUUGCUAGUCCAGCUGAAACGCCAGGGGCUGCAAGUCCAGCAGAAACACCAGGGGCUGCAAGUCCAGCAGAAACACCAGGUGUUGAAAUUCCAGCAGAAUCACCAAAGGUUGAAGGUCCAGCAGAAACACCAGGGGUUGCAAGUCUAUCAGAAACACCAGGGGUUCCAGGUCCAGCAGAAUCACCAGGGAUCCAAAGUCCAGCAGAAAGUAGUCAAGUUCCUAAUGCAAUAGAAUCUAAACAGUCUUUUAAUCAAGCAAAUUUAAGUCCGGGGACGGGUACACUCGAUUCUGACUCUCCCAAGGCUGUUGUUCAAGUCGAAAUGCGAGCUGUGGAUGUUGAAGGCCAGGAGGUUACACAAGAUGGUGCUGGUAAGAACACUCAACCAUCAGAUAUAAAACAGAGAUCAUCUUCUGCUACUUCAAAAAUGUCUAAAAUCGAUGGCAGUAAAUCAUCACAUUCUUCCGCAAGUGAAAGUAGAUUACCAGCAUCUGGGACUGUUAACAGUAAGGCUGAGAGUAGCCAGCCCGUGCCUCAUGAACAAAUUAGUUCGACAGUAGAGGAAAAGAAACAAAACCAGGCAAAUAACGCAAAAUCAGCAUCCACGGCUUCUAAGAAACGGAGCAGAACUAGUAAAAUCUUAGAAAAAUUAUCAACACAAAGUCUCGACCGUUUGAAAACGCUAGUUCUAUCAAAAACAUUAAAGAGUAAAAACUUACGCAGACUAGUUCUUGUCACGUACGUGAAAAAAGCAAAAGAAGAAGGCAUGGUAUCUGAUUCGAUUUAUGGCAGAACGAGAUUAGAGCAAUCCCAAAUGAACAAACUUCUGAAAUUAGAUAAGGAAUCAGUCAAGAAAUUACUAUUCCGAGAGACACGAAUCCCAGAAAGGAUGCGCAAAAAUGCACUGAAAGUCUAUCUGAAAAUGAGUCUUCCUUCACGGUCAGAAGUGAAGGCUAAAACUGACAAAGACAUCAAAGCAGAGAAGGUAAGCAGUCCACCGCCUGGUGUAAAGGUUGGGGGAAAUGUGGCACCGUGGUCACAAGAAAAUGAAAACUUCCCUAUGCAGACACAUGCUAAACCGCAUACACCUACUUUUAAUGAGAAGCAGUCGGUCGAAAAACCAGCAACAGAAAAGAAAAAAUUAGGAAGUAUUACAGAUACAUCGGCGGUAAAAGUGAAGGAAAAACCAAAUAAUACAAGGCCGGGACAUGUUAAGUUCGGGGACAACGUCGCGCCGUGGUCCCAGGAAAAUGACAAUUCUAAGUUCCCCAUGCAGACACAUGCUAAACCGUUCGUGCCAGCUGAAUUAGACAAACCUGUUGAUACAACUACUAUCAAUAAAAAACCUGAUGUGAAUUUGGCAGGAAUUGAAACAAAGUCAACCAAAGUCAACUCAGAACUCCCUGCAAAACAGUCCGCCGAAAAAGACCGUAAUUUAGCUACACCACCCGGGAGUGUAAAAACUGGUGAAAAUGUGGCACCGUGGUCAAAGGAAAAUGAAAACUCAAAGUUCCCCAUGCAGACCCAUGCUAAACCGCCUACUUUUAUAGACUUACCUGAUAUAACUUCUGUGAAACUUCCAGAAAAACAAUCCACUGAAAAAGACAGUAAUUUAGCUACACCACCCGGGAGUGUAAAAACUGGUGAAAAUGUGGCACCGUGGUCAAAGGAAAAUGAAAAUUCAAAGUUCCCCAUGCAGACACACGCAAAACCGCCUACUUUUAUAGACUUACCUGAUAUAACUUCUGUGAAACUUCCAGAAAAACAAUCCACUGAAAAAGACAGUAAUUUAGCUACACCACCCGGGAGUGUAAAAACUGGUGAAAAUGUGGCACCGUGGUCAAAGGAAAAUGAAAAUUCAAAGUUCCCCAUGCAGACCCAUGCUAAACCAGAUCUUCCCAUGAUUCAUACCGAAAUACCUGAAAAUCAAAAUACUCAAGAAAUUGUUAAAGAAGGACAGACAUCUAUGACUGAAUCGGAUGUUAACCAGGGACCCGUCACAAAAGUCCAAUCAUCCUCUGGUGGGAUGGCAGGUGCAGAGGUCGAAAGCAUUCCUGAUUCUGUUCAACCUUCAGCCAAGCAGACGGUGAAUCAAAAUAAAGUUGAGACAAGCGGGACGGCUGAUAAACUCACGCCUAAUACACCAACAGAGGGCGCUACAGAAACAAUUAAUGACGAGCAAAUAUCAGAAACAAAUAAAGAAACACAAUUACCUACAAGCGAAGUAAAACCUCGAGAAAGUAACGCAGACAUGUCGUUUUCCUCACCAGUUGUUCAUCAGAUACCGGUACCAGAUAAAGACACUAGUGCCAAGCAGGACAAAUCCCUCUCUUCCUCCUUCCAGAGGACAUCACAGGUCUUGUCCAUGGUUGAAGCCGAAAGUCCAACGUCUACAUCUAACAGAGACAUCCUUUCGGACAAGGACAUUUCCGCUGUCGUUUCGUCCUUUUUCUAGUAAUGAGAAUUAUUUUGUUUCAUAUGCAAUGCUAUUAAAGAUACACCUGCUUUA